AUGGCGGCGGGGCUGGCGGGCGCCCUGCGGGAGGCGGCGGCGGCGCUGGGAAAGUUAAAAAGGAACAGGGACUUAAUCCAGUUACUUUCUUCCAGUCUCAGCUUUCAUCCGGAGGAGGUGGUGGAAGUGCUGGAACAGUUCCUGCAGGAGGGGCGGAUCUGGGCCCUGAUGUGGGAGAUGUGUCAGCACCAGGCACAGGCAGCCCUGCCCGAGCUGCAGGAGGCCCUGCUCAACAGGGUUGUGUGUUUGCCUGAUCAUGUCAGCAACAAACUCCAGGGAAAAAACCCACCAGUAUUCUUCCCACAGAACUACUUUCCUCUCUUGGGUGAUGCAAUUAUCCAGGUGCUGCAGAAGAUCUCCGAGUCUCUAAGAGAUGGCUUGGACUGCUCCAUUUCUUUUGUUUCUCAUGUCCUAGGGAAGGUGUGUGCUCAUGGGAGACAAAAAGAACUUCUGGGUGUUUUGGUACCUCGCCUAGUUGAUCUCACCAGGUCAGACUGCAUCUGGCAGAGAAUGUGCUGGCGACUGGUUGAACGUGUGCCAGAGCGCUGGAUGGAAGCCGUGGUCCUUGGCUUUGUGCAGAGAGCACCUGGAGCAGAGGUCUUGUCUAGGUUGCUGGGGAACCUGGUUGUGAAAAACAAGAAAGCUCAGUUUGUGAUGAUGCAGAAGCUUCUGCUCUUGCAAUAUGGCCACACGACAGCAGUGCUGCAGAACCUCCUUGGCUACCUGGCCCUGGACAGUCUUCAUCGACCCUUCUUGAUCAAAGUUCUGCAAGAAUUGUUGGAGAGGUGGGGCAGCAGCAGUGCUGUGAAGCACUCUCCACCUGAGCAGCAGCAGUACAUCAGCAAGGCCAUUCUCAUCUGCCUCUCCCACCUGAAGGAGCCUGAAAUUGAGAGCUGCAGACAAGAGCUCCUCACAAGCCUGAUGGAAGGUGUGAAAUGUCACCUGGACAGCAACCUGCCGCAGAUACGGCGUUUGGGAAUGGUAGUGGCAGAGAGCAUUAGUUCCAAAAUAAACACUGAUGGCCCUGUCCUGAAGUUUCAGUAUGAAGAAGAUGAUGAAUCAAGAGAAUUGAAGUCCCUUCUGGUGCAGACUCCACUAUCCUUCAUUGUCCCUGAUCUUCCAGAUUAUGACAGGCACGAGAAAGCAGAUGCUGCACUCCCUGUGGUGCUGAAGAGUAACAAGAACUUGCCUCCAGCAGCCCCUCUGGUGCCAGAUGAGGUGUCAGAUGCUGAGCUUGACAGUGAUGAUGACCUUGUCCCUUAUGAUAUGUCAGAGGAUAAAGAACUAAAGACUAAGGCUCCUGUGUAUAUUCGAGACUGUAUUGAAGUCCUGACAGGAUCUGAAGACAUGGAGAAAUGGGAAGCUACAGUCAAGGCUCUCGAGAGCUUGGUUCGAAAGAAUCCAGCAGCAACAAGAGAGGUGAGUGUGGAGCUGGCAAAAAUACUGUUGCAUCUGGAGGAGAAGACCUGCAUGGAAGGCUUUGUGGAGCUCCGUCAGAAAGCUCAAGUAGCUGUUUUAACCACAGAUCCAAUACCUGUAGCAAAGUACUUGACCUCCCAGUUCUACUCUCUGAACUACAGCCUUUGUCAGCGUGUGGACAUUCUCGAUGUAUUGGUUUUGGCAGCUCAGGAACUGUCCAGUCCCCAGUCUCAUAGGAAGACCAAGCACUCUGGUGUCCAAAAACCUUGUGUCCAGCUACUUCCAGGAAGCGACAGCUCUAAGGAUUGGAGAAAGAUUGUUGAUGAGAGGAUCAAAAGCAAGACUCGGAGGUUUGCUACGGGUCAGUCUCAGGUGGAACUGCCUUCCGACCCCAACGAGUUCAAUUCUGUUGCUGGGCACUUCUUUUUUCCCUUGAUUCAGCACUUUGACAGGCCCUUGACAACAUUUGAUCUCCUGGGGGAAGAUCACUUUGUUCUUGGAAGACUGGUCCACACUUUAGCAAUCCUGAUGCACUUGGCUGUCAACACUGUGGCAGUCGCUGUGAUGGGAAGGGCCCUGCUGGAGUUUGUCUGGGCUCUGCGUUUCCACACUGACUCGUACGUGCGCCAGGGUCUUCUGUCCUGUAUCUCCUCCGUGCUCCUCAGCGCCCCUACUGAGCGUCUUCUGGAAGACAUGACAGAUGAGCUUUUGGAGGCUCAGUCCUGGUUGGGAGAUGUGGUGGAGAAAGAUCCAGAUGGAGAUUGCAGGAGGCUGGCCUUGCAGAACCUGCUACUCAUGGAGAACCUGAAAAAGAAACUCAGAACUAUCCCUUCCUAGCCAAAGGGUAAAAUAAAUGACCUUUACGUCAUACUCUUGCCAGCUGGAUGUGUGUAGGCACUGCUGGGGCCUCUUCAGGAGUCACCUGGCUGGAGAAGAGGAAGAAGGGGGGAAGGGUACAGAGCUGGGAGCCAGCGAACCCAACUUGACAUCUGGACUUUGUAGUGGAGGCCAGAAAGGGAGCCGUGACCAUCCGGUACAGGGUGUACAGAUGCAGGAAGGCGCGCACUGCCACCCCCAACCCCCACCUAUUUAUAACCUUGGCAGGUU